GGAGCGGUUGCUUGGAGGCGACAUGGUGUUGAAAUCAUGAACUCAUCAGGACACACACCGGUGUGAGGCUGUGAUGAGGGUUUACAUAGUUUUAAGCUCGAAAAGUGCGCUACAAACAAUAGAAUAUAACAAUAUAAACCCGUCUUCAGAUAUUUAGGUAACAAACAAAACAACAAAUAAUAAUAAUUUGAGUGUAGCGGAAUGAUCAUCUUCUCUAAACCAAAACAUUUGUCUCCAGCGCCUGCUUGACUGAAGGAGAUAUCCGUCUAGAUUCAGGAGCCGAGACGGCUACACUAUCCGUGCUCUCCGAGUGGGCGGGAUGAUGUUACUUUUCUUCCUGUCAGUCACAGUAACACGAGCCAACUGCAGGCAUCUGUGAGCUCGUGUAUGUGGAAGAGGGCCGACAGCACUUUCCUCCGAGUGUUUGUUUUUCUCUACAAAGAAGCAUUCCAGUUUACUUAAAGAAGGCUGCUGUGUCACCUGAUGGCGUUCUGCUUAACUGAGCUAACCCUGUGGUCCUCAAGGAGCAGUCUGAAUGUGCAAGAUACAGAUAUUGGCACAUUCCAGUUUUAUGAGAAAGGAGAGCGAGUCUUCCCUGCAGAUCAGCAUUACUACACUGAGAAGCAGCACUUUGCCGAGACGCGAGGUUACCCAUGGUUCCUGAGUAACCGUCGUCCGGAGAGGCUGAGGGACGCCCUCAAGGAACUGGAGGACUUGUUGCAGUCUAAUUCCUGUGUUUGUACCAAAUGGAGGACAAAGCAGUGUUGCCAGAUGCUGUUGAGCUCAGGUGUUUUAGUGACCCUCACUCUGAGUGGAGCUCAGUUAGAGAGAGUGGGCAUCGACAAAACGCUAGUGGGACGACUACCUGCUGACACCAUCAGUCAUGCGGCGAUUGGUGAGCGCUUCCUCCUCCUGUCAUUCCUGGAGAAGAGUCAGGUGUGUCAGGUGUAUCUGGGUAGGCGGAGCCAAAGUUCACCUGAGCUCUCAGCACGGCGUUUGGAGAAGCUCUCAGCUGCUGAUAUUAAGGUCUCAUCCUUGGAGCUGGCAGGAGGAGGCAGCCGUCGUAUAAGCAGGCGUGUGGCACUGAACCGUGCGCAGGACGUGGGUGUGUGCUGGUGGCAAGGUGGGCAUGACGAAGUGUGGCCUUGGUCACCAGUUCCCAGUGCCUCAGAUCGGGCCAAUCUGGUACUGCUCGGUUUUUCAGAAAGCCCUGGUCUUAUGAUUCUGAGCUCCAUACGCACCCAUGGCGAACCUUUGGACUGUUGCUUCAGCCUGACCCAACCCUACCAGAUUCUCACUGUGGAGCUGCACAAGGAGGCCCACAGCUCCAGUGCAGACCUCCACGAGGAGUCCAAUCGCUCCAACAUGGAGCUGCGUGAAGAAGCCCAAGUGUGUCAAUCUUGCGUGUAUGAGUGUACUCGGGAACGUCUGCAGCACCUCUCAGCUACAGCUUUACCUCUGUCUUCUGUUCCUGUGUCCUGGUGCCGUGACCCAAGUGAGCGCUGGCUUCUGCUGGGCCUCCAGGACUCCUCUGUGGUGCUGCUCCAUAUCGAAACUGGCCUCCAGACUCGUGUCACCUGCCCCAUGCUUCCAUCUGUAAUGGAAUGGCAUCCUGAUGGAGGCUUGAUUGUAGUGGCUGGGGGUCAGGGUGAGCUGCAGUGCUUUGAUUUGGGACUUAGUCCUCUCAGGUUACAGCUCGUAUCUGAGGAGGAAGGCAUCGGGACGAGUCUGCAGCUGGCCAGGCAUGUGAGAAUACCCGGUGGGUUGGAGGGUGUGGAGUGGGCACACUCACCACUGUCGCAGGGUGCAGAAGGGCUGGAAGUCCAUGAUCUCCUGAUGAUCAGGUUCCACAGAGGUCCAGUGGCGGCUCUGAGACUCAGACUAGGUGUACUGAACGGGGCCCAGCUGGGGCCGGGUGAAGUCCUGCAGCAUCGUUUGCGCUGUGGAGAGGUGGAUGCCGCACUGGGCAUUCUGGGUAACAUGGACUGGUGCAUGAUGGGAGCGGACUGCUAUCGUGGUCUCAUCUCUGUGACUGAUCACCUGCUCAGAAAAGCCCUGGACGAGCAGACGGAAGCUCAGUUAGAAGCUGCUCUGGGGAUGUUCUACUCUCCAUCCAGAGCUUUAACAGACACGGUCAUACUGGAGUAUCGAGACCCCAUCAGCCGCUACGCACGAAGAUUCUUCCAUCACCUGCUCAGGCACCGGCGCUUCGAGAAGGCUUUUCUUCUGGCCCUGGACAUCGGCGCUCGAGACCUGUUCAUGGACCUCCAUUACGUGGCGCGGGACAGCGGGGAGCCAGUGUUGGCCAACGUGGCCCGACGGAAGGCUGAGGCGCUGGAUGUGGAGGGGGUCACGACCUCUAACCCAGAUGAGCCCAAGCCUGUACUUAAAGACCAGAACGGAGUGUGUGUCUCCCCCAUUAACACACACGCUGAAUGGGCCAACUCCAGUAAAGCGCACAAGAACACAAGUCUCUCGAGAGUUGAUUCUACAGGAAAGAUGGAAGACGACCUCGCUGCGACACCAGUAAAUCCUACUCUCUGGCCCUGGACUCAAACAGAAUUCGAGCUUAUUGACCACAACGAUCAGGUUUCUAAAGACUCUGGAAAGCUCAAGGUCAUUCAUUUGGGCCUAGUGUGAACACAGAAUAUGAAUUUAUAAUACAAUAUCUUACUGUGGAGUUGUUUCAGUUGCGAUAAUGAUUGUGUAGUUGUACAAACGAGCUUUUAAAAAUGAAGCUCGUGUCUCUCAGGAACUCGACUAGUGUUUGUACGUUAGUAUUAAACGUUCUUGAAACAUUGUACAAACUAAUGCAAGAUGUUUUUGUAAAAUGUUCACAUUGUCUUGUGCAGAGUGAUGUGGAUUUGAGUUCAGUGCCACAAGGACUUUACAUAUCUUUUAUUAAAAAAAAAAAAAAAAAACAUGCACACACUUUCCCCCAGAGAU